AUGUUUGUGUAACUCAUGUGGUGGUGCUUUUCUGAUCUUAUUCUUAUAUAGAUUUGUUGGUUAAUUUUCAUAUAAUGCAAUCAAACAAACUAUUCUUAGUAAACAUGAAACAAUCAGCGAAACAAACUCUUGAAAGAUUCUAACCGACAACAACACUCAACUCAGCAGGUACUGUUUGUCUGUUCUUUAUCAUUCAACAAGAGAUAUCAAUCAAUCAAUGAAUGUGUUGUUGUUAUUGAAGAAAGAACUUUGAAGGAUAAGAAUGAAAUCUUGUAUUUCUAUAUAUGUUAUUGUAAUAAUCUUCAUUCAAUUAUAUUUACUUGUUAGUACUUCACAAGGGUUUGAUCCGGUUAUCAGACUUCCACGUUCCGGGUCAACCCGAACCAGAUCCAAUUCCAGAAGGGUUCUUUCUGUCACUGAUUUUGGUGCUAAAGGUGAUGGCUUUCAUAAUGACACACAGGCCUUCUUGGAGGUUUGGAAAAUCGCAUGUUCUCUCCCUGGAGUUAUAACUGUUGUUUUUCCACAUGGGAGAGCUUUUCUUGUGCAUCCAAUUGACUUUAGUGGACCGUGUCGAUCUAAGAUCACUUUGAGGAUCUCAGGAACAAUAGUUGCACCGCGAGAUCCAGAGGCAUGGCAUGGCUUAAAUAAGCGCAAGUGGAUUUACUUCCACGGGGUGAAUCACCUUUCUGUAAAUGGUGGAGGGAGUUUAGAUGGAAUGGGACAGGGAUGGUGGUCCAUAUCUUGCAAGAUUAACAAAACAAAUCCAUGUCUUCCUGCUCCAACGGCUCUGACUUUUCAUAGAUGCAAGAGCCUGAAAGUCAGACACCUUGUGCUGCUAAAUAGCCAAAAAAUGCACUUGGCUUUCACUAGCUGUAUGCGCGUUGUUGCAUCUCAUCUCAAAGUAUUAGCACCUGUUUCCAGCCCUAAUACAGAUGGAAUCCAUAUUAGUGCAACAAAGGGUGUCGAGAUUAAGGAAAGUGUGAUUAGAACAGGUGAUGACUGCAUCUCCAUAGUCAGAAAUUCUUCACGGGUCCGAAUAAAAAAUAUUUCCUGUGGUCCAGGCCAUGGCAUAAGCAUUGGUAGCUUGGGAAAAUCAAAGGUUUGGGAGAAGAUUCACGAUGUCAAAGUUGAUGGAGUUUUUCUUUACAACACGGAUAAUGGUGUGAGAAUCAAAACAUGGCAGGGUGGGAGUGGUUUUGCCUCCAAGAUCACAUUCCAGAAUAUCUUGAUGGAAAAUGUGUCCAAUCCAAUAAUAAUAAAUCAAUACUACUGUGAUUCGAGACAUCCAUGCAAGAAUCAGACAACUGCUGUACAAGUGGGGAACAUAUCCUUUAUUAAUAUUCGAGGAACUUCAGCGACCGAAGAAGCUAUUAAAUUUGCUUGCAGCGAUGACUCUCCGUGUGAAGAUUUAUACUUGGAGAACAUUUUUCUUCCAUCAUACUAUGGAGAAAAUACAACAUCUUACUGCUGGCAAGCUCAUGGUUCUGCUCAAGGCUAUGUGUCUCCUCCUGCCUGUUUUCCAACGAGUAGCGAUUUUAUUAGAAAGAAUAUUUUGUUAGAAUCAAAUCCUGCUAUCAAUUCUGUCUGAACAGAAGGUAUUUUGUACAUAAUAAAAUGAGUAGAUGAACUCUUGAUAUUAGUUUUGUAGGGUAGUCAAGGGGAGGGUAGAUAUGAUGAUUGGUGAAUGUAUCCAUAAAUCAUAAUCCAUGUGAAUGCAUACACUUGCAUUGUUGAAUUUGAGUUGUUUUGGUGUUA